AUGAAAGGUGCGGAUUUAAAUAAUGUGAUCGUUUAUCCUUCUUGUGGACCUAUUAAAGGAGUGUGGGAAACAUCUUCUCUCGAUUACAAGUAUGCAGCUUUCUACGAUAUUCCAUAUGCUAAACCUCCCCUUGGACCUCGUCGUUUUAAGGAUCCUGAACCUCUAGAAACAUGGCCAAAUAUACUUGAUGCUACAGAGAGUCCUCCGUAUACAUAUGAAUCCCAGGUUCUUGACGAAGAUUGUCUUAAACUAAAUGUUUAUUCAAAGAAUGUUGAAAAUCCUUGUUCUCCUCAACCUGUAAUGGUUUUCAUAACAGGAGGAUUUUUUAUUCGUAGUCCAAGUCAUAAGGGUAUCGUUGGACCUGACUACUUACUACAGAAGGAUGUUAUUUUAAUAACAUUCAAGUAUAGAUGUGGAGCGUUGGGUUUCCUAUCAAGUGAUGAUCCUGAAAUUGGAAUACCUGGGAAUGCUGGGCUUAAAGAUCAAGUUAUACUGCUACGUUGGGUGCAAGAAAAUAUUGCUGCCUUCGGAGGAGAGCCUCACAAUGUCACAAUCUUUGGUUUCAGUGCUGGAGGCUGUAGCAUUCACUACCACAUGAUUUCUCCUCUCUCCAAAGGACUCUUUCAAAAAGCAAUUAUUAUGUCUGCAUCUGCUUUCUAUGUCCGUGGUUUUAUGCCAAAACUUGGAUGGGCAGUACGCUUAGCUAGAUACUUGGGAUGGCGUGGUGAAGAUAAUGAAGAAGCAUUAGCUUUUGACUUCCUUAGGGGUGUCAAUAUUGCAGACAUAAAAGAUAAAGAAGAAGAAAUUCUAACUGCUCAAGACAGGCAGAAUGGUUUGCCGUCAGUAUAUGGACCCACCCUAGAGGCAUACAGAUCAAGAAUGACUAUGAUCAUUGAACCACCAGAGGAAAUGAUGAAAAAUGCUUGGAGUUAUGGGAUACCUCUCAUGAUUGGAGGAACUUUAAAUGAAGGCUUGCUUUUCUAUGGAGAUGCCAAAAAUAAUCCAGAUGUUUGGGAAAAUAUUAAUCAGACACCUUCAACGAUUGUUCCAUACAAUUUAACUCAAGAUCCAGACAAAAGAAAGGUUUUCGGCGAUAAAAUGAAACUCUUCUAUUUUGGAAAUGAUGACGCGACCGUAGCUGACAUAAACACGUAUAUUGAUUUAAUGGGAGACACAUCAUACUGGUAUUCGGUUUACAGAGCUCUCAUGGGACGCCUUAAGUAUCAGGAAGUUACUAUAAAAGCCCCAACAUGGCUGUACCAUUUUUCUUUUAAUUCUCCAGAGUGGUACAAAUACCGUGUCGCGAUACCUGCAAGCGGAUAUCCAGGAGUUGCUCAUGCUGAUGAUACUCUAUUUCUUCUUUCUAAUUAUUCGGGUUUUGGUGUACCGAAAAGAGGAACGCGAGAAUAUGAUAUGAUGCAGCUAAUGGUACAGAUUUAUACUUCUUUCGCUACAAAUGGAGAUCCUAAUAAUGAGCUCCUAGCGAAAAGCAUAGGAAAGUGGACGUCUGUAUCUCCGUCACAACCAUUGAUCUGCUGUAAUAUUGAUAGUACCCCAGAAAUGCUUGAAUUACCAGAAAAGUCAAGAAUGCUCUUUUGGGAAAAACUCUAUGAUAUCAAGGAGAAUUUGUAA